UGCUCCCGCGCUGGGUGUCAGACAUGUCUCUUAUUCUAUCAGCCCAGAAUACUAGUACAAUGUUUGCUGAAUUAUGAAAAUGGCCGCAAAAUACCGCACCUAAUUGCUGAUUGUCAUGGAAAAGCCUACAGAAGUUUGCUGAAAAUUUAUUUGGGAAAUAAAGCAGGACCGAAGAGUAAUGACUUAGAAUAGGGUCUGCCAAACUGAGCGUCUGUGCCCAGGUGUGAAAACGGACAUGUACUCCACGCUUACACGUGCUCAAUUUUAGUGCUUUUAAAGCCUCAGAAUGGAACGGGGCUUGGUAUAAUGAUAGUGUUCCUGGAAAAAGCAGUGUUUCCUGAGCGCCGCCUUCCGAGCAUCUUCAAGGGUUCUCGGAGGAGAAACCGCUGUUGCGUCCACACGCUGAGGGGCUGGGUUUGCCCGAAGGUGACCCACGGGGAUGUGAGCCCGGGAUGCGGGCUUCCUCUGCGGCGGGCACCGGGGAAACCUGCCCCGGAAGCCGCCCUGCCCCGCUGAGCGUCCGGUUGCCCGGGAGACGCUGCGGACGUUCAGCUCCAGAGUUGCGGCGCCUGCUGCUGGCUGAGCAGAGCGACGCGCGCGUCGGACUUGGGACUGCUCAGGGCGGCGCCACCAUCGCCAGGUCCGCGCAGUGCAACGCUGUACUGCAAGUUAACCAACACAGUAAUUUAAGAGUCACUUCUGCUAUCAUGGAAAAGUAUGAAAAAUUAGCUAAGAUUGGAGAAGGGUCUUAUGGCAUUGUAUUCAAAUGCAGAAACAAAACAUCUGGACAAAUGGUAGCUAUUAAAAAGUUUGUGGAAUCUGAAGAUGAUCCUGUUGUUAAAAAAAUAGCACUGAGAGAAAUACGUAUGUUGAAGCAAUUAAAACACCCAAACCUUGUGAACCUCAUUGAGGUGUUCAGGAGAAAGAGGAAAAUGCACUUAGUCUUUGAAUACUGUGACCAUACACUCUUAAAUGAGCUGGAGAGGAAUCCAAAUGGAGUUGCCGAUGGAGUGAUCCAAAGUGUAUUGUGGCAAACACUUCAAGCUCUUAACUUCUGUCAUAAACACAAUUGCAUUCACAGAGAUGUAAAACCGGAAAAUAUUCUGAUAACUAAGCAGGGAAUAAUCAAGAUCUGUGACUUCGGGUUUGCACGGAUUCUGAUCCCAGGAGAUGUCUACACUGAUUACGUCGCUACAAGAUGGUACCGAGCUCCUGAACUUCUGGUGGGAGACACUCAGUAUGGUUCUUCAGUCGACGUCUGGGCUACUGGCUGCGUUUUUGCAGAGCUCCUGACAGGCCAGCCACUCUGGCCUGGAAAAUCAGAUGUGGAUCAACUUUAUCUGAUCAUCAGAACGCUGGGAAAACUAAUCCCAAGACAUCAAUCCAUCUUUAAAAGUAACCAGUUUUUUCAUGGUAUCAGUGUACCUGAGCCAGAAGACAUGGAAACUCUUGAAGAAAAAUUCUCAGAGGCUCAUCCUAUGACUCUGAAUUUCAUGAAGGAGUGUCUGAAGAUGAACCCAGACGACCGGUUAACCUGUGCCCAGCUCCUGGAGAGCCCCUACUUCGACUCUUUCCGAGAGGACCAAAGCAAAAGAAGAGCACGCAACGAAGGGAGAAACAGAAGACGACAGCAGAAUCAACUGUUGCCUCUCAUACCAGGAAGCCACAUCUCCCCCACACCUGAUGGAAGAAAACAAGUCCUCCAGUUAAAAUUUGAUCACCUUCCAAACAUUUAGGAAACUGUUCUUUCAAGUGGAAAGUAAUUUAAUAUGUACACAUUUUUGCACCAGAGAGAUAGGAAUUCUCAGUGUUUCAAAUGCAAAUGAGCCAUAGGAAAAUGAAGAUGCCUUCUACAAUUGUUCUGCUCUGAUCAUUACUGAUCCCUCUGCCCGUGCUUUUCACGUGCCAACUCUAUCUUUUAGAAUAUUUUCUUGAAAUAUUAGAACUUCUGAAACCGCACAUAUGGAGGAGAUAUUUUCAAUUUCAUCAGAGCUGCCCCUCUUGAGGCAAUUUAUAUUGAGAAUUUGCGUGCUUACUCUGAUGUAUGGAUGUGAAGAUGUACAUAUAUCAUCUUGCAUCAGCUGACCACAUAUUGUCUUAGAGCAAUAUCCAGUAGCUCUCUUCGCUGUUUUUUGUGUGAGGAAUGACUUUAUGUUUCUGCAUUUUAAUUCACUCUCAUUGUAAUCAGGUCUGUCGAGCGACUCUGCUGUUUUGUUCUGUGUUUGUCUCGGUGUGGGAAGGGAACCUUGACAUGUCACCUAGGUUUGUUCCUGGCCUCCAGGGCAGACUAUGCUUUCUCUGACUCAUGAGACACUGACGGUUCUAUUUUUAAAGCUAGCUAGAGAAAAUUUCAGACAUUUAUGUAGCAAAUACUGAGCAAACUACAAGGAAUUCCCAUCCUCAUAACAACACCCUGAGAUAAUCAACUGCCGACUCUCCUGCUGUCCUUUGGUACAGCGUGGUUUCUUAUCCUCCCUCCUCCCAGGUCAAUCUCAGGACCCGAACCUACCCAUCCGCAUGGGAAUAUUUUCUAAAUAGUGUAUUAUCAACAGUCUCUUCCAAACAUUUGCAUCCACAGCAUCUAUGAACCUGUGCAGCCCUAAACGUGUGCAUCAGGUUUGUAAACGUUUCUGAGAGCAGGAAAAUUAUCAUUCAGUUAACUUCAUUUUGUGUCUCUUAACCAAAAAAGGUGGGAGCGGGACAAACAAAACACCUCAAAAGGCAAGCCCAAUUCAGGUUGUGAUAUUUUCCCAAAUAAACUUGACAGACCCACCUACCUACUACCUACAUACAUUAUAUAUUUAUAUAUGUAUAUAUACACACAUACAUAUACAUAUAGAGUUCUAAAUUUUGAAGCAUCAUAGUAGAUGCUUUUUAUCCUGGACAUCUAAGAAGAGUGCAGACUAUUUCAAGUGCCUCUAGCUUGCUCACAAGGAACUCACGUGAAGCACAGCACAGGGCUGCCUAUCCUUGUCUGGCAUAAAGACACCAAAGAGUGAUGUUCCUAUCAAUAAAUAUUAAGAUUAUUACUUUCAUUAACUCUUUUCUGCUCCUAGGUUUGGCAUGCUCACCCAAACAUUAUGCAAAUGCACGUAAGUCCAGAAAUUUCUUGUACCCGACACCAAGACACUAAGCAUCAAGUGUUUUUAAGAAAAUGCAGUAACAUUCUAUAUUCAUGUCUAAAAGUCGAUCGUACUUAUAAACCUGGCUAUGUAAACUGCAGAGAAGCUAAUUCAGUUAUUAGGAUCCUCAGGUGCCUGUGCCUGACGUACCUAAAUUCUUCCUAAAGAACUGUGGCAUCUAAGCAAUAGUUCAUUGCUCACUGGAAGGACAUUCUCAGUGGGCUUGUUUGGCCAUUUAACAUUCUGAGUGUGAAUAUAAGCUGCUAGGGGCUUAUUUUCAUCCAGUUAUCAAUAAGUGUGCCUCUUCAGAGUUGUAUUUUCUUAAAUUUUUUAAAAGAUUUUUAAAUUUAUUUUUAGAGAGAGGGGAGGGGAGAAAGAGGGAGAGAAACAGAUCCAUGGAUCGGUUGCUUCUCGCACACCCACAACUGGGAACCCAGCCCGCAACCCAGGCAUGUGCCCUGACUGGGAAUCAAACCAGUGACCUUUUGAUUCGCAGGCUGGUGCUCAAUCCACUGAACCACACCAGCCAGGGCUAUUUCUUAAAUUUUUAGUGAAUGAUAACACAGGUGCAAGGAAAAUGAAAAAUAAAAGAUAAAAGGCAACUUUGCUAAAAGAUUUCAUUUUAUCUUUCAUAGUGUUUUUAUUACAUAAGCCUCUUUAUUGCCAAACCACUCGUGCUACUCCAGCUCUUGUUGUGUCAGCAUAACACAACACACACAGAAAUCAAGACCACACAAGACUCCACGGUCCAUUUUGCUUAUGAUUGUGCCUCAAACAACAGUGGAGUCUGAGGCAGAGGUUGGGAGGGUAAUCAUCUUCCCUUUUUUUGCUUAUAUUCAAGCUAAAUUCAAAGUAGCAUUUCUCAAUCUUUUUUUCCUCAGACACAUCCAUCAUUUAUGUAUCAGUGGUGAGGAGAAAUCGGGUAA